UUCUCCCUUCUCUGACCAAGUGGGUAAGAUCUUAGGGUAGCUCUUCAGUGCCCAGUACUCAUAAGCAGGUAGGGUAUAUGAAAUAGAAACACUGUUGGGAACUCCAUCAGUGAUGAAAGCAGGCAGGCCUGACUCAAGUGAGUUUGGGGUUCAUUUCUGGUUUUCAGUUGCCACUGAUAAUCCAUCCAGUUGACCUGCUCUGUCCACCUCAUUCAUGAGUAUCUGCCACAUUGGGGUGGAGUUUUGUGUUAGUUUUGUGGUAAUUGCCUAUUGAUGGCAAAUAACCAUGAUGAGAUGUGAGGCGGUGAGCGGAGACUGGGAGCAACUGCGCAAGAGCUAUGCGGCUGCUGGGAGGUGCUCUGAGAUACACAGGAAAUGAGGUGAGGAGCUCACCAACAGCCCACAAAGACCUUCCUGGCUGACAGGGCCAAGCAGCAACUCCUUGUGGCCUUGGUAAGUGCCUGCCCUUUCCUCCAUCCUGGGCCAGUCCCCAAGCCUCUCCAUGCCCUGGGGUCUGGGAGGGACAGGCCCUGCCUGAUCAGGCCGUUGAGACUUGGCUGUAGCCACGUCAGUCAACUUGGACCCCUGUGUGUAAGAUGUCUAUACCCCAAGCUUGAACAGACAGGUCCUCACCCCAGAAGGCUGUCUACCCUCAUUUUGCUCACCUCUUGGGUGAGCCCCUAAUCAGCUUUUCCAAGGCCAACUCCAGGAAAAGCAGGGAUCCUGGGAAGGGAGGAGUAGGGUGGGGAUACUUUGCCUUCAUAACAGUACUCCUGUUCAGUGAUCCUCCCCACUCCCACCUCUUAGCUUCUGUAGGGAGUAGUCUAAGAACAUCACCUGACACAAGGGGUCACUCCUGGGCAGUGGUGGCUGGAGGUGUGAUCUGUGGUCUGUGGCUCAAAGUCAGAGUGAUGUCAGGGAUUCCCCCAGGUAAUGGGUUUGAGCUACAGUAUAGCCUUGUUCAGGUCAUAGCUGCCCUGGCCAUGCUCUUCCAUCCCCAUAGCCAUUCCUGGUAACUAAAGGAGUAGGCAGGGCCUCACCCUUUUACCAGGAACCCUAGCCAGAGAAGAAAAAGUAGGUGCCUGUGGGGCAGGGCACAUAUGAAAGGCCUGGGGGUUUCCGGUGUGCUGAGUCAACCAGGGAGGAAGAACCCACCAUCUGGGCAAGAUCUGCAAAUAGAGCUGCAGGUGUGCACUGGUCCCUCAGUCAGCCCCCAGCGCUCAUCUCUUCUGUCCCCAGGUCCCCUUUUCUGCUUUUACAAGAUGAGGCCACCAGUGCCUUCAGCCCCACUAGCCCUCUUGUUCCUGGGGUGCUUCUCCCUGCUCCUCUGGCUGUGGGCACUGUGCACAGCCUGUCACAGGAAGCGGGCUCAAAGGCAACAAACUGGGCUGCAGGGCAGUUUGAUACCAGUGGAAAUGUCACUGCUGAGACAGACCCACCUCUGCUCCCUCAGCAAGUCUGACACCAGAUUGCACGAGCUUCACCAAGGCACACGCUGUAGCAUAGCCCCACGGCCUGCUAGCAUGGAUUUCCUGCACCCACACUGGCUGGAGGCAUCCAGGGGCAGCACCAGGUCUCAGGUAACCCCCUCUGCCUUCUCAUCUCGGCAGCUGCCCAGGGCCCCUCCUGCUGCCCCUGCAACUGCAUCUUCUACUAGCCCUGAGGCCACUUACUCCAAUGUGGGGUUGGCUGCAAUUCCCAGGGCCAGCCUGGCUGCUAGCCCUAUGGUGUGGGCUGGAACACAGCUGACCAUUAGCUGUGCGAAGCUUGGGCCUGGGGCUGAGUAUGCCUGCAUCCAGAAGCACAAAGAGACAGAACAGGGCUACCAAGAAUCACAGCAGAAGACCAAGAUGAUCCCAGCUCCUCAGAUGGAUCUCCUGUACUCCAGGGUCUGCAAGCCUAAAAGGAGAGACCCAAGACCUGUCACAGAUGAGCCGGACCCCCAGGGUGGGAGAGCAAUUCUGGCCCUUGGGAGUGAUGUGGAAUAUGAGGCCAUCACUCUCAGGGGCCAAGAUGUCAACCAAGAUCCCUUAGAAAAUGUAUAUGAGAGCAUCAGGGAGGUGGGCCCCUGAACACUGGAGGCUUCACAUCCUGUUUAUUAACAUGCGCUGACUUAGUAAGGAUGCCCAGGCUUCUGCAGGGUUGAUUGCAGAUCCUUCUUCUAACCCACAGCUGACAGUACAAGUUUCAGGUCCAGACCUUGUGGCCUAAUUAAACCUCUGUCACAUAA